GUACUUAAGUUAGGGGAUGGUAAAGAGAUUUGCUUGGCUGAGGAAGACGGAAUAAAUGGGAGAAAAAUAGAAAGUCUGGAUAAGUAAUAAAAGUGAUUCCAAGUGACAGACAUGAGGAAGAAGAUUCCAAUUGACAUAAACUAUAUUAAUGUGAAGAGAUUUAGAAGCCAAAAUACAAGUAUCUGUUAGAGGCUUUAAAAGUUUUGAAUGAAGUUGACAACUUUGGAAACAAAGCAAGACAUCCUAAAAUAAAUCCAUCAGAAUGACACCUUCUCAGGUCACCUUUGAAAUAAGAGGAACUCUUUUACCAGGAGAAGUUUUUGCAAUAUGUGGGAGCUGUGAUGCAUUGGGAAACUGGAAUCCUCAAAAUGCUGUCACUCUUCUUCCAGAGAAUGAGACCGAUGAAAGCAUGUUAUGGAAAGCAACCAUUGCCCUCAGUAGAGGAGUAUCAAUUCAGUAUCGCUACUUCAAAGGGUGCUUUUUAGAACCAAAGACUAUCGGUGGUCCAUGUCAAGUCAUAGUUCACAAGUGGGAGACUCAUCUACAACCACGAUCAAUAACCCCUUUAGAAAAUGAAAUUACUAUUGAUGACGGACAGUUUGGAAUCCACAAUGGUGUUGAAACUCUGGAUUCUGGAUGGCUGACAUGUCAGACUGAAAUAAGAUUACGCUUGCAUUAUUCUGAAAAACCUCCUGUCUCAAUUACCAAGAAAAAGUUGAAGAAAUCUAGAUUUAGGGUAAAGCUGACACUGGAGGGCCCAGAGGAAGAUGAUGAUGAUAGGAUUUCUCCCACUGUUCUUCAUAAAAUGUCCAAUACUCUGGAGAUAUCUUUAAUAAGUGAUAAUGAGUUCAAGUGCAGGCAUUCACAGCCAGAGUGUGGAUAUGGCUUGCAGCCUGACCGUUGGACAGAGUACAGCAUCCAGACAAUGGAACCAGAUAACCUAGAACUAAUCUUUGAUUUUUUUGAGGAAGAUCUCAGUGAACAUAUAGUUCAGGGUGAUGCUCUUCCUGGACAUGUGGGAACAGCGUGCCUCUUAUCAUCCACCAUUGCUGAGAGUGGGAAGAGUGCUGGAAUCCUCACCCUUCCCAUCAUGAGCAGAAAUUCCAGGAAAACAAUUGGCAAAGUAAGAGUUGACUUCAUAAUUAUUAAGCCAAUACCAGGAUACAGUUGUGAUAUGAAAUCAUCAUUUUCCAAGUAUUGGAAGCCAAGAAUACCAUUGGAUGUUGGACAUCGAGGAGCAGGGAACUCUACAACGACCGCCCAGCUGGCUAAAGUUCAAGAAAAUACUAUUGCUUCCUUAAGAAAUGCUGCUAGUCACGGUGCAGCCUUUGUGGAAUUUGAUGUACACCUUUCAAAGGACUUUGUGCCUGUGGUAUAUCAUGAUCUCACUUGUUGCUUGACUAUGAAGAAGAAAUUUGAAGCUGAUCCAGUUGAACUGUUUGAAAUUCCAGUAAAGGAAUUAACAUUUGACCAACUCCAGUUGUUAAAGCUCUCUCAUGUGACUGCACUGAAGUCUAAGGAUCGGAAAGAAUCUGUGGUUGAAGAAGAAAAUUCCUUUUCUGAAAAUCAGCCAUUUCCUUCUCUUAAAAUGGUUUUAGAUUCUUUGCCGGAAGAUGUAGGGUUUAACAUAGAAAUAAAGUGGAUCUGUCAACAAAGGGAUGGGAUGUGGGAUGGUAACUUAUCAACAUAUUUUGACAUGAAUCUGUUUUUGGAUAUAAUUUUAAAAACCGUUUUGGAAAACUCUGGGAAGAGGAGAAUAGUGUUUUCUUCAUUUGAUGCAGAUAUCUGCACAAUGGUUCGACAAAAACAGAACAAAUAUCCCAUAUUAUUUUUGACUCAAGGAAAAUCCGAUAUUUACCCUGAGCUCAUGGACCUCAGGUCUCGGACAACUCCCAUUGCAAUGAGCUUUGCACAGUUUGAAAAUCUUCUGGGGAUAAAUGCACACACUGAAGACCUGCUCAGAAACCCAUCCUAUAUUCAAGAGGCGAGAGCUAAGGGACUGGUCAUAUUCUGCUGGGGUGAUGAUACCAACGAUCCAGAAAACAGAAGGAAAUUAAAGGAAUUUGGAGUCAAUGGUCUGAUUUAUGAUAGGAUAUAUGAUUGGAUGCCUGAACAGCCAAAUAUAUUCCAAGUGGAGCAGUUGGAACGCCUGAAGCAAGAACUGCCAGAGCUGAAGAGCUGUUUGUGCCCUACUGUGAGCCGCUUUGUCCCCUCGUCUUUGUGCGGGGAGCCUGAUAUCCACGUGGAUGCCAAUGGCAUUGACAACAUGGAGAACGCGUAGUUGCUGUCUGGAGACCAUUUGGGUAUUCACUUUUCAUCACUGAGCAUCGUUUAUCUAUGCCUUUUGGGUUUCUUAGUCCAAUGAAGCAAUAAUGAAGUAUUUUACUCUUUCACUACAGUUCUUGCAAGAAUUUCAAGUAUGCUAUUUAAUCACUUGGCCAGGUAUAAUUGCCAGUCAUUCUCUUUACAGUAAGAACAUUUAUUGGUUGGUAAAUAUUUUGAACUAAAUAUAUAAACCUAUAAUGUUAAAUAAAUGUCCUUAACAGCAUAGCACUUCAAAAUUAGCUAUAUAAAUAUCUCAUAUUUACACUUCUUAACGACUUAUUUGAUCAGGUCUGAAAUCUUUAGCACUUGAGGAAAUGACUAUGCAUAAUUAUACCUGACCAUGGAAAAGAAUAAGUACCUCAAAUGCAUGCAUUUGCACUGGUGAUUCCAACUGCACAAUUCUUUGUGCCAUCUGUGUAUAUAGGCGUUUUUUACAUGGGUUGACAUGCACAUAUAUCAUUUUCAUUCAGGAUGAACCUUGAGGCUGCUGCCAUUUUUUCACUUAACCAAACCAGCCUGGAGGUGAACCUUGGAAUUUGUUUCCUAAGUCUUUCAGAAGUUGUUUUGCAUAAAUGUUAAAAUUUCAAAAUGCUGCAGGGUAAUUUAAUGUAUAAAAUAUUAGAAGUAUGUAGUGCAUACCUAGUAGAGUAGAUCACAAUGUAUAUAUUCAGUUCAGUGCAUGCUUUAGGUUUCAAGCAUGGGAUUGUACGCGUUUACUGAUAUAAGUCCUUGCAUCUGUGGUGCUAGGUGAGUGUGAGAAGAUGUCAAGGACUGAAAAUAUUUUGUUGCCUAAAAAAAAAAAAGCCUGUUUGUGGGCAUAUUAAACAUGCUUAUUUUAAGGGUAUCUCACUACCUAUUACACACCAUUGCUUUGUGGGUUUGUUGGGUAUGUGUGCGUGUGUGUGUGUGUGUGUGUGAUACAGUAGUUAAAUCUUCGUGCAGAAAAAUAAAUGUCCUGAAUCUUAUAUUGGUAUUCUUUAUUGGAAAUGCAUAUCAUGCAUGUAAUUUAUUUAGAAAUAUAGAAAAUCUUACCAAGCGUUUAUGCAUGUUUUUAGGAUUAUACUAAGAUUUAUUUCAUUAGGAGUAGAUUAUGUUGGCAUAACUGUAACUUAAAAAUGAAUGUUAAAUAAAAUGACAGAUUUAUUUUCUCCAUUAUAAAAUGAAAUUUCAAGAAGGUGUUACUUUUUUUGUAGAACGGUUUUAUAUUAUUCUGAGCAAUUGGAACUUAGUGUCUAUCCUAAAGCUUCUUUGCCUCCAUCUUUCACUGUACUUUCUUCCCCAGGCCGUUUAUUGAUGUAUGGACAUUCAUGUAUGGCAGUAGCUGAGAACCUAAGACUUGAACUUACAUAUAUCUUUUGAUUUUUUUAAAGCUAAGCAAUGCAAUUUUGGUGAGAUUUUAAUUAUGUGAAGAUGAGAUCUGAAAUCCUAUGGUAUUGUAUUUGUAACACUGAUAUUUGAAAAUAGUUUAGGAAUUGGGAAUUUUUAGAAAACUCCUGGGAAAGAAUGUUUUUUCAUCUGCAGACUUUUGUACAAUACAGUUACCAAUAUCUUCUGGUAACUUGGUUAGCCAUAUGUGUGCAGUUUUAGUCCCAUUUCUUUGCUCCUCCCCUGUGCCUUUCCAGUUCCAGAUCUCUGAAGAAGACUCUAGGGCAGUGGGGAAACUGUUCAUAAGCCAGGGUAGGGACAGAGGAGAGUGAGGAAAGGAGCUGGUAGGGGCUAUGCCUCUGAGAAGUUUGAUUUGCUGAGGAGAGCACAUUGCAACUGCUUACGAUACAGAUAGAACCUUCCCACUCCUUCUCAAAUCUGCCUCUUCCAAACCUUAGAAGCCAGUGCUAGGCAAUGACUAAAACGUCACAAGCAGAGGCUCCCCAUUUUAAUACAUGCAGGUCUCAUGUUCCUAGCUGUUGCCCUUUAACCUCUUCUCCAGCCACUCUAGCUGUGAGAGGCUACUGUGCUACUCCCUACAUGGGCCCAUGUGUCCGAUGCCUAGGAGCUGUCUCUUCACCAUAGUCACUUUCUCCAUGCCACACACAUUUCUCCUGGAGCCAUCCGCCUCUCUCCUCUGAGCCCAGACUGAAAGUCCUUCAGAAGACAAGAAACUGUCUUCAAGCAUCCUGCUUAUGCCUCAUUGUGCUCACACCUCCGCCCUGCUCACACCUUCAUCACACCAUGCCUCUUGGUCCAUUCCAGGUGAGCACAGUUGAGGGCCUCUCCUACCAGGCUUGUGCUUUGCAAGGGCAGGGCCCUUGUCCUUAGCCAUUUUUAUUUCCACAGUAUGUGGAACACAGUAGAAAACCAAUGUUGGAAUUAGGGGGAUAAUAUAAUUUGUAUCAUAUGUCCUUUUGGAUUGAGAGAUUUAGUUUUGUUUACUAAAAAUGUUAACUUUGAAUUAGUUUACAUUUUGACAAUGGGGACAAUAUAUUAAUGUCAAUUUUGUGAUGUAGAAGUGUAAUAUUAAAUUAUUUUUUGCUUUCUAGAAAUCGAGUGAAGUGUUUGAUAGCAUGCUGCCACUGUCCUCUGUAUUUUCUCCUCUCUGGAAUGAUGUACUGUAACUGACUGGACAUGGAUGGGAGGCACACAGCUCCCUCCUGGGUGAGCGGUGCCUGAGGGUAACCACAGCUGGCGUCCUGCCACCCACUUACCUCAUUCCAUUAUUCCCUGUAGCACUCAACUCUUCUCCCCUGGGGGCCCCAUGCUUUUGCCUGCCUCAGCACCACUCUCCUUGUCUGAAAUGCCUUCUCUGCCUGCCUUCCAUGUCUCACUCAGGUGCCACCUCUUUAAAACUUGCCUCCGCUUUGGAUCUCAAUCAUGACAGAAACAAUGCAUAUAGCCUCGAAGUCUCUCUACUGCAGUUUGCAGCUAGGCUAAUAAACCCAAGGGUUCACUGAUCUGUCAGGUUGGUGUUAGAAUCUGGGUUUCCCAACUCCUGAUCUUUAUGUUCCUAAGCUACGCGGCCUUCUGAAGUCUUGUGGCAUUUGUUAGCCUAAGCGUUCUUAGAGUCAAUUUCUUAUGUAUCUGUUAUAUUUCCCUAAUAAGAUUGUAAGCCCCUUAAGGGCAAGGACUUCUUUGUGUUUUUAGCACCACUCUAGUGUUCUCUCCUUCGUUAUGAACCAGCUAAAUAAAUGGCAGUGGCAACAA